AUGGAGUGCCGCCACUGCGGCCAUGCCGGUGCUGAGCAGGUGGACGGGGAGGGCUUGGUGUGCAUGGGAUGUGGCUGGGUCCUGGACGCAACCCUGGAAUUGGUCGAGGAGGGCGAGAAGCAGGUCCUUACCUCGGGAGCAAUCAUCAACCAAUCGUCUGGCACCUUCGUUGGGGUGGGCGACAACGGUGAAGGCCACUUGAUAUACGGAGGCGGCAUACAUAGCCACAUUCUCUCUUCCGCCGUUCGGGCCAAGAGUCGGCAGGAUGCCAUGACACGCAUCUUUGACAACGUGGGUCCGCAACUGGGCCUUGGGAGCAACUCCAGGCGGCGCAUGUGCUACAUCAUGGGGCAAGUGCUUGGCUUUCUGGACGAUAGCAAGAGGCACUACAAAAGGCAACGGAAGGACGCAGAUGCGAUGCAGAACGCGGAGACCGAGGAGGAGAGGAAGAAGCGAAAGGGCCUCGAGAAGAGGAGCAGAGAGAAGGAGCUACACCACAAUUCCGUUCUUAGUCGCGUCAAGCCUCUCGCCGGUGCCAUCAUCUACGCCGUGUGCAGAGAAGAGGAGAAGCCUGUCACGCUUGGCACUGUCGCGAUGGCUGUGGGCGAAGGUCCAUACGCGGUCGGCAAGUCCUUCACGCAGAUGAAGCGACACUUGAAUAUCGGCAACCAUGAAGUCGAUCCUAUCCUCUUCAUCGAACCAGCCGUGAGCAAGCUCAAACUUUCCACGCCGGAACGCAAGGCUCUCCGCAACUUGGCCAUUGCGAUACUCGAGUACAUAGCAGACAAGGAAUGGAUUAUGGAAGGCAGGGUGAGGGCCGGCGUAGCGUUGGCCUCCGUUAUGCUGGCUGCCGAGUUUUCCAAGAUCAAGAUCAGCCCGCAGCUGAUGAUGCACCCUGAUGUCAAAUUAAGAACCGUUAAGGAGAGAGUCGCCGAACUGAAGAAGGCUAUGAUUCGCUGCGCCGAUGAGUAUCUUCCCUUUCCGUCGGGCACGGUGACCAGGCAGAACCUGCAUCACUUUGCCGAUCAGAUUAUCAAGGCGACGGCAUGUAUCACCGACGCCAAGAAGGAGGAGGUCACUCGGGUGUUAAUGGAGGAGCACGCACAGCGAGAGCGCGAGAGGCAGGAGUCUACUGCCGACGGGGUCGAGGCGACUUCGACUUCGAUAACCACGACGACUACUCCUUCUAUGAGACUGGACGAGGCCACAAUCAAAUUGAAGGCGAAAUCGCAGAUCGGCAUCGUCGACCCUCGCUCCUUCACAGUCGCUGAGGCGGGACGACAGCGGAGGAGGGAGAAGCUCGUGAAGGCCAAACAGCGCCUCGCCUUGCUGCUGAAGAAAUCUCCCAAGGCCAUGCAGGUGCUGGGAGCGACGGGCGAGAAGAUCAAGGCCGAGGGGCUGGUGCUUCCGGACCUCUUUCCGGUCAAGCUCGAGAGGGAGGUCGAACCAACUACACCUGUGCAGAUGGUGUACGCCGAGCAGCCGUCACCCAUCCAGCGCGGCCGAGCGGCCAGCAGGAAGCGAAAGCGCGAGCCGAAGCCUUGCAAGGUGGAGAGCGAAGGCGAGGUGAGCCAACCGAUCAAGAAGGAGGAGGAGCUCGACGAGGAGGACUGGAAGAUCGAGCGUUGCCUCUUACUGGGCGUGAGCGAGGCGCUCAUCCUGGAUGGCAGCUACGAGCUGGGCGAGAACCUGGCCGAGGUCUUCCCGCCGGUCUCCCACUCGGAGGAGCUCGGCGAGAGCGACAUGGCCGACGAGGAGCUGCGGAGCUACAUCCUCACCGGUCCCGAGCGUUCGCUCUUCAGCGAGGUCAAGAGCCACUGGGUAAGCGAGGAAGAAGAGGAGGGCCACAGCGAGCCGAACCAACACGUGUAG